GAAGCGGAUGUCAGAGAAUGGUUCUGAAAGCAUAACGUUACCACUUAUCAAAACAACGUUUGUCAACAUGGCAAACACAAACUCUGAAGGGUGAGAGUUCUGUCGUAUCAUCGCGUUAUUUUUUGAAGGACUUUUGUUGUGAACGUGAUAUUUUUCAAAGCAAUGGAUAGAAUAACUUAACAAUGUUUGUGUUGUUAGCUCAUGCUAGCUGCCGAGCCAAUUCUUUUUAUUCGUCACUGACCUCGUAGCAUGACUUGACUGUAAACGUGAUAAGGCAUUACACUGAAAUACUCAAGAGACGGAAUCAGUCUUGUGCAUUUGUGCAGCUGGAAAGCCUGGACGAGGACCGUUACUUUUAAAAAACAAACACAAAACAAGGAUUGUAAACCCCUGCUAGCAUUUGCGCCAUGAAUCCGUCCAAUCCUUUCGGCAGUCGCCAAAGUGGAGCUUUCCAAGCCCCGAGCAACGCCACGAAGACUGGCUUGUUCCAGUCAUUUGGGCCGCAAGGCUCCAGCAACCAGGCCCAAUCUGUGGGCUUCUUUCAACCAUCAGCGUUCGGGCAGCCGACUCAGGCCUCGCCUCACGGAAGCAGCCUGUUCGGACAGACCCCUGCCUUCGCACAGGCGCCCGCGCAGCCCGCAGCGAGCCUCGCUCCAGCUUUCGGACAGCAACCAUUAGGAAUGAGUGCCUCGGGCUUCGGUAACGGUUCCGCUCCGGCAUUUGGACAGACUGGUGAAACUAACCCGAGUUCCGGCCAAAUUCCUUCAUUUGGUCAGCCGUCGGCGUUUGGGCACACUCCGGGUUUCAGCCAGCAGGCCCCGGGAUUCGUCACGCCACCAUCCGGUUUCGGCCAGCAGCCCGCUGGGUUUGGAACUUCCCAGAUGGUUUCUAGCUCGUCCACUGCUACAGGCCAAGCCCAGCCAAUGGGUUUUGGACAGCCGUCAUCCAUCAGUGUCUCCACCGGCAUAUUUGGCGGCCCUCCGAGCGUGACCCAGAGCCGUGGCUUUGUACCCUCCAAUUACACCUUCAAGCCAGCAAAUGAGGCGCUGUUCAAACCCAUCUUCAAUGCCAGCCCCGAGCCCGCCAACCCUCAAACUACAGCAAUGUCCAGCUCAACUUUCGGCAGCAGUGGGUCCCAGACGAGCGCCGGCAUCACGAGCAGCAGCACCAACCCCGCCGCCACCGGCUUCUCGCUGUCAGGCGGGGCUACGUCCGGGCCGCUGGGCUACAGCUUCUCUCAGCCGGCCGCGGCCCCCUCGAUCUCCGCCCAGACCAACGCACUGACAACUGGCAAUAGCGGCGCCCCUUUAAACACGCUGCAGUUCACCUUUUCCCAGCCGGCGGCUCCCUCCAGCUCGACCACCAAGGGAUCUACGGCCGAGCCCACCACCCCGUCGUCCUUCAGCUUUUCGGCCAAAGAUCUCCAGCCCCAGGCGAAAAGCCUUUUUGGCGGAACCAAUGUUGGUCCGCCCCCAGCCUACGGUGACGCCCAAGCCAGAGCGGAGACUGGUACCGAGGGGAAACGGAGCAGGCCUGCGGGCCCAGGAGAGACGGGUGUGUUCGCACGACUCGGUAAAGUCACCAAGCGAAAGGAAGAGCCGACGCUCCCCGGCGCUGUCCCAGAGAAGUCUGCCACAGGAGCUGAGGAGGAGGAGGAGGAUGUUCCAGCGGAAGAAGAUUCACCAAGGCAUCCUUCAAAGAGGCCCCUAAUGCGGUCCCGUGUUCCACCAUUAGGUUUAUUUGGGAAAGCAUUAAGUGGUCUCCGCAGAGAGGUCACAAAGGAGACGGAGAAGGAAGAUGUUCAAUCUCAGGGGGACGACGUACCUGCUGCACCUCCAACGGUGCAACUACUGACGAGGGAGGCGCUGGAAAGAGCUGAAGAGUCAGCAAAUGCCCCGGCCUCGAACCUCGGGGUCGCAACCCCCAUGAGGCGCAGGCAGAGCUCGGAGAGCCUGAGUGGCAUGCCUGUCACCGACUGCACCGUCAUCCAGUGCAGGAAUGUGCCCCCAAACCUCAACAGGAGGGACGUCAUGGAGAAGCACUUUGGCCGUUACGGCAAAGUCCGCAAGGUCUUGUGCCAGCCGGCCAAGAACCUGGUCAAAGUGCACUUUGAAGACCACGCAUCAGCAGCGAGGGCAAAGAAGAGAGGAAAACAACUACAUAGACACGAAAUCGCCAUCUUUUGGCAGAGGAAGAAGCAAAGUCCAGAGGACAAAGGGAGCAGACGUGCAGCAGGAGAGGAGGAGGAGGCAGAGGGAGAGAGUCAAGAGGACACAGAGUCCAAGUCCACCUCCUCCCCACUCAGAAAAGCUGCAGCCAGAGGUCCUGCAAUGAGCAGUUUGAUGAACUUCAGCCGCAGUUCUCCGGUAAAGAAGUCGCCAUUGGCCAAGUCUCUGCAGUUUGACACUGAACCCCAGAGAGAGAGCCUCGUCUCGGAGCGCCCAGUCCCCUCCUCGCUGCUCCACCUCAUCGGUCAGGUGGCGGAGACCGCUGAGGACAAGUUCCGCCUCCUGGAGCAAAGAGACAAGAUCCUGCGUCAAGGUCGGCCCAAGAGGACGGACCUGGACCUGUCCAAAGUGUUUGUGGGGACGUGUCCCGACAUGUGUCCAGAGAAGGAGAGGUUCAUGAGGGAAACAAGGAAGCAGCUGAGCGUUUUCGAGGUCAUCCCAGAUACUGAGAUGGUGGACCACUCGGCUGCCAUCAAGGAAUACAGCCGCUCAUCGGCGGACCAGGAAGAGCCGCUGCCCCAUGAGCUGCGGCCCCUGCCCGUGCUCAGCAUGACCAUGGACUACCUGGUGACUCAGAUAAUGGACCAGGGCCACGACAACUACCGGGACUGGUACGACUUGGUCUGGAACAGGACCCGUGCCAUCCGCAAGGACAUCACCCAGCAGCACCUGUGCUGCCCUCACACGGUGUCGCUGAUCGAGAAGUGCACGCGCUUCCACGUGCACUGCGCUCACCACCUCUGCGAGGAGCACAUGUCUGCUUUUGACGCCAAGAUCAACAACGAGAACAUGACAAAGUGCCUCCAGAGCCUCAAAGAAAUGUACCAGGACCUGGCCAUGCGUCAGGUCUACUGCCCCAUGGAGGCGGAGUUUCGCCAGUACAACGUGCUGCUGAAACUCAACGACGGUGACAUCCUUCGUGAUGUUCAGCAAUUCCGCGACGAGGUGCGGAAUUCCCCUGAGGUAAAGUUGGCCGUGCAGGCAUUCACUGCAGUCAACAGCAACAACUUUGUGCGCUUUUUCAAGCUGGUGAAAGGAGCCUCCUACCUCGCCAGCUGCCUCCUGCACAGAUACUUCAAUCAGGUUAGAGCCAAAGCCUUGAGUACCUUGAACAUAGCUCACACGACGGGUCCAAGAUCGACUGCGUUUCCAGUCGAGGACAUAGUUCGGAUGUUAAUGUUCCGCAACAGCGGAGAGGCUUCCGACUUCAUCCAGCAGUACGGCCUCAACGUCAACGAAGGUGUGGUCGAGCUGAGUCGAGUAGUCUAUCAGGAGCCAGAUCUUCCUUUAUCCCAGAAGAAGUCCGAAGUCAUCCUUGCGAAGAAAACCGUGCUGAUUGGAGAGGUGGUGAAUGGCGGCCCCCUCCUUAAACCGCUCCAGCACACUCCAGUCUGCAGCUUUGACUCCCAGAACAGGUACCGCGGGGAAGGCCCUCUGGAUGAGCCCACUCCAAGCCAAUUUAGAGCUAUUGCUGCCAAGGCAGAGGUGAAGGUACCACCCAGCAUUGGGUUGCUGACUCGGGUCGUUCCAGACAUGCCCUCUGCGUUUGCGUUGCCCCCCGCGGCCAUUGUUGAGAUGGGAGAGCCCGGCAAUCUGUAUGACGGCUCGGCACGCCAGGCAGACGUUCAUCAGCUGUUCCAGCCGAUCCCUCAACCUCAGCCCGUCAAAGCGCCGUCACCUCCACCCAAACCCCGGCCGGCGUACAGCAAUGAGGACGUUGCGGCUGUACUGGACUGUGUGAUCGAGGAGGUGGUUGGAGCAGCAGUGAGGGACGUAGCAGAUGCAGGCGCCAGCUACGCUGCAACGGCUCUCGCGGAGAGCGGUGUGCAGGUGGAGUCGAUGGUGACUGAGGUGUUGGGACAGAUGCUGCAAGAGAUUUCUUCGGCCGAGAUCGGGCUGGAACGGCAGCGCGUCGCUGACGAGAAGCGCACGCUCGAAGAGGCCAGGAUGAGGCAGGAGCAAGAGGCCUUCCUGGUGCAGUUCAGCUUCUCGCUCUGCAGAGAGCUCAUCUACGAAGUUUUGGAUGAGACCAUCAAGCAGACCGCCACCUCUGAGAUCCAAGAGGCAAUGAAAGAGAAAGUGGGCCGCGUAGCCAAGUGCACCGAGCAGGUCUGUACUAGUCUAGUCGAGGAGACUUUGAACGCGGACAUCGCGCUGUUGGUUGAAGACGUCCUUGAAGCUGAGCUGCAACGCAUCCAGAAGUAUAUCAAAAGGUGGCGCGAUGUGGUAGCGGUACGCCGGCAGCUGAAGAGACAGAUGAGAGGUUUCCCUGCCGCCCCCUGCUGCGUGGACCCUCGAUUCAAACUGAGGGCUCUGGCUCCCAGCGCCCCCGAGCAGACCUCCAUGGCAGAUCUGGCCCGUGGCGUGGUCAACCUGGGAAACUCUGGCACCUUGUCCCUCUCCAGCACCAGAUUGUUGAGAAUGAGGGAAGAAGUGAUCCACCAGAUGAGAGUCCACUACUACUAUCAACAGCUGCUCGACGAGCGGGUGUGGGAGCCACUCGAUCUGCCGGCUCUCGUGACAGAGAAUAUCCCCAACCUGCCUGACCGAAUAUUCUGGAAAGCUGUUCUCCUCCUUCCCAGUGACCAUGAGAGUGUAGCCACCUUGGCCGACAGGAUCCUGUCGGACUGGCUGGAGGUGAAGCUUGGUGGCGGCAAAGGGUCGGAGGUGAGGGAGGAGCAGCUGGAUGGCACACUGCAGACCCUCUGUGUCACCAACACACUCCGGGAUGAAGGACAACGCACUCACAAAGUCCACAUCAGCAUCAAGGCAUCCAGAGGCCCUCUUACCGAGGACGGCCUGUGCAAAACGGAGGAGUGCUGUGAUCUCCAGGGGACGGGAGCUCUGAUUGUGCUGCUUCCCGCCAUGCCCAUCAUGGACCCGGGCAGCGACGAUCAGGACGUCCCUCUGCUGUCGGCUCUGCUUCAGCUCAAACAGCUGCAGCAGGCCAGCGCAUGGCACUGCCCGCUGCCGCUGGCCAUUCUGGUGCCGGGAACAGAGUGUGCUAACGGUGACGUACAGAAACUCGAAGAAGCCCUGAUGCUGCACACAUUGGUCCAGGAGGGCAUGAUAUCGGAGUACACAUUCUACUUCAUACCCGAGACCACAAGUGACCUACAGGGAUCCAAGCAGCUCAGCCAGGCUACACGUUGGCUGCUGGCUCGUGCUCCGCCACCCUUCCCGCUCUCCUGUCAGACGCUAGUGCAGCUCGUAGAGGCAAGUUUGAGUCGUGAAUUCAGCCCCAGAGUUCACGCUCACCGGCAGGAGCGGGUCGCCGCACGGCUUCCCUCCCAGAGCCCUGUGCCCGUCAUCCAGUUGUACAACAGCGUCUUGGCUCACAUCGCUGACAAAGUGUCGUCCCGGGAUCUCGGCAAACUCUCCUGGCCGCCAGGAGAGUUUUGCUUGCAUGACACUCGGGAGUUCAUACCUCAUCUGGGUUGGAACUCUGCGCAGCACCAGGAAUGGUUGCGUGAAGUUAUCCUCAGCCUGCAGCUGCCACAGUGGGAGCAACUGUGUACUACAGACUCGUGGUCUGCGCUCUGCUCCUCCAUCUUCCGCUACGCUGCUCAGAUCCCAGUCUCGCAACGCAGUCAGCCUCUCCUGAUGUCGCGGCUGGAAAACAUUCUGGAAAGGGUCAGGCUCAAGAGCCUCCACACCCGGACCCGCGCAUCCAACGCAGCGAUGAGCAACUGGAACGAGGAGAGCGCGUGUCCAGCCUUCAGUCAGGUUCCUUGGGACGACGUGGUGGUGAUUUGCAUCGACCACAAACUGAAAGACUGGCAGAUCCCCGGACUACCCAUCUGUGAAGAUGCCGUGACGGACGACGGGGAGAUCCUGGUUUACCUCCCCGCAGAAUCUUUAAAGGGUUUCCAGCCACCCGAGGAAUGGACCGAGGCAACCAGACAAACCCACCGACAGAAGCAGCAAGAGACUGAUGGUGCUGAUGCAGCUGCCUGUGCCACGCCCAGCAGUCUGUCCCUCAGACAGAGGUUGUUCAGCAGUCUGGUCGAGCCUCUCGAGGACCCGGCGGCCCGACUGGACAUCACGCACACUCCCACAGCACCAGAGCUCGUUGCACACAAAGUAUUCAGGAUUUUGGAGAAGGAGAAGGCUGAAAGCAAAAGGAGCAUGGAGCAGCUUCAGCGUUGGUUGGAUGGGGACUCCUUGGACUACCUGUCCACACCGCUUUUCGUUCCAUCCUCAACUCUGUUGUCGACGCCCACAGCUAUAAUGUGUGCGCCGUCAGCCGUUGUCACCCAGGAGCCAGAGCAGGAUCAUCUGUCGGACAAAGCAGAUCGCUCUAAAACGAAGCCUCUAUCAAUAGAAUGGCAACUAAAGGAACUCAAGCGACAGAUUUUAGCGAGCCAUGAGGAAGAAUUGGCCUGCAGACUGAAGCUGAGUGGUCUGCUGAACAUUGUUGAUGAUUGAUGAACUUGAGUACUAAAUAAUGUCUCUGAUACAUUGUAUCAUUGUUAUAUUGAUUUUUGCAUAAACAUGAUUUUUCUUAAAAUGUGAAUCUCAGGCAAGACUGCUCUUGUUUGUGUUAGAUUGUAUUUGUAUUACAAUUCAUUAAAUGUCUGUAUUGUGUGAACAUGUUUUUGUAAUGAGUUGUGUGACUUCCUAAUAAAAAUGUAGUUUUACAAGUUAA